GUGUGGUCGUUACAAGUCAGACGCUGUACAGCCUGAAGGUAGUCACGGCACAGGUAUGCUGUUGUCUUAUGUAAGGUGACAUUUGACUUGCUUCAGUGAACUCUUCAGCUUUAAGGAUAACACAUAAUUGGACUACUUCAAAGCAAGGAUUUGACUUGGAACAAGUUUUUUUAUAAAUCCAGUGGUCCGGUUGUUGGUUCAGUGUUUGAAAGGUGGUUCUGUUGUGUAAGAUUCUCGGAUCCUGUGGAGAGCAGAUGAUACGCAACUGACUGUUGUUGUGUUCGUUGUUGUGUUGAUGUGUUGAUUCACAUGGGGAGUGGACAAGUAUGACGGCAGGACACUUGUGACCUUGGAUCUACAGGUAGCAGACGCGAAGCUUGUGUCAAAUUAAAAAGUCAUUGUCUCGUGUGGAAAAUGUCUGCUAUGCACAAUAUGGGAUAAGGCUGCAGACCAGUGACAGACACACAGUCAACGAUGUCCAUUGUCAUGAUGUUGCUGAUGUUGGUCCUGCUAGGUGUUCUGAACGUGUUCAGACUAGCAACAGGAGUCGAGCCAUCUUACAACUUGUGUGAUGUGAAGCAAGGGUUUACAGUGAAUGGCGAUUACUUCCCCGAGAUCAACGACACGUCCAGGGUGUACAUCAACCUGACGGGUGCAAGCCCCGAAGCCAAGUACCACUGUUUCAUGCGAUUCACCACCUGCAAUAACUGCAGCUUCCGCGUCGAACCCAUCGGCAACUUCCGAUACCAGAACUGUCUGUGGAACAACAUGUUACGAAGUUAUGGAGGACAGUGUGCUCCAGGGUGCACAUACCUACAACUGUUUGACCCCGACUAUAUGAAUGAGACGUCCCGGGCAUUCACCUCGACGCCGUGGCCACAGACCCCUUUUUACACGUUGUCAAAGAAGAUCUACAUUGUCGUGUGUUCUGACCGAAGCAUGGUGAAGGAUAUACAUCUGAGUCUUCAGCUCACAGUCGUUGAAAAGAAGAAAACUAUUCGUGGAUCAGCCUAUGACCCGCCCUCGGACCCCAAAUACAUAACGUCUCCGGCUUUCCCCAACUUCUAUACAGAGAAUGAUGAAGUGUACAUCUACCAGUUCACGGCCGUCAACAGCGACGAGUACAUUGUACUGAACUUUGACGACUGGAACAUGUCUCCAAGGUCUAUUUUGUGGUUCCUGAAGAGUGACAUUGUUGGCCCGAUCUAUGGAUCAAGCAGUCGCCCAGUGGUUGUGUCAGAUGGUCCUGAGCUCACUGUCAAGUUCAGAACUGGGACACAGCUAUCCUCAUCUAAUCGCAACUUCAUUGGCUUUAAAGCCACCUAUUCUUUUGAAAAUAAUCGGCGCCACACAGAGAGACCUAUCACAGACUGUGGAGGAUUCUUGAAGAACAAGGAAGGAGGCGUGGUGACCUUUAACCCUGUGAUGAGCACCAAUGAGUACUAUGACUGUAUAUGGGUGAUCCAACGCCACUCGGAGUACAGCAUGGUCCAAGUCAAAAUUGUCGAAUAUGACAGUUCUCCAAUGUACUACCCACAACAGCGGGACCGAGUGGAGAUUCGGGGAGGACUUACCUCCCUUGGUGGGCAGGUGGCGCUGGUGAAGUAUGAGAACCUGGAUCGCUACAAGAACCAUGGCUUUGUGAACAACAGUGGGUUUUACAUCCGGCUUCAGGGCCGGUACCAGAACGCCCGUGACUUUGUUCUGGCCUACUCCUCCUACAGCUAUGGAGCAUGUCGAUCCCGUGACUUCAAGUGUUUUAAUGGACGCUGCAUCUCUGACGACCUCACGUGUGACAGCUAUGACCACUGUGGCGACAACUCAGAUGAAAGGUCGUCUCUCUGUGGCGUCAAAGAUGGAGAAUAUUCCCGCUACUCCUACACCAUCAGUAUCGGCGUCAUCAUCCCAAUGGUCAUCUCCAUCUUCCUCAUCGUCGUCAUCUGUCUGCUCAUCAUCUUCAUCCGCCGAUGUCGUACGUUGUCCCAGCAGACGCCCCUCAAUGGCCGACAACCAAUCAGCUCGGUCAGCGGCAACAUGGCUCGUAGAAACCGACGAGGAAGGAACAGAAGCAGGAUCAGGAUGAACCUAACAAUCCAGCAAGAUGCUCCUCCUUCUUACGAUGAAGUCAUCCAGAACACUCCUAUUGGCUAUCUAAACAUGGCAUUCAUGUGGUCGCAGCCAGACGUCAACAAUGGGCUUGUUAACCCACCCACCUACGAAGAAGCAACCAGCCCAACAGAUGUACCUCGACUGACGGCAUCACAGAAUGUACUCAACCAAUCAGCAGAUUCCACGAGUUCCACGGACUCACUUGAGUCCCACUCCUGCGACAUUCCAAGAGCUUCAGACACAUCAUCAGAUGGAUCACAAAUGGAGCGCCACCUAUGCCAAGCGUCAUUUUCGUCUGAUUCCACAGUUGCAGAGAGAGACUGUUAUCCUCCACGUGACUCAUCUGUGUCGUCUGCUCCAGUCCACGAGGAGUCAGGUCGCACGAACCAGCAGAGAUUCAGUAAGCCGGUGGAUGAGUUCAUAGAAUGUCCAGUGAGUUCAUCCACACUGGGAAACAAGGAUCCCAAACCACAAAGUGAAAGUGAGGCUGUGAGGGAGCAAGGUGCGGCAGCCUGCCCAGGUCAAGGUGACAGUCAAGGUCAAGGAAGAAGUAGAGACAGUUUAGCUGCCCAUGGGAAAGAUCGGGAUCAGACAGCCAAAAGGAAGAAGAAAUCUUCAAGAAAUCGAUCAGAACCUGAUCAUCCAACAGAACCAGAGCCUCGACCACCAUCUGAUCGUCCACGGCAACGAGGGAGGAGAGGCAGGCAGUCUGACAGUAGCCAUUCUCCUUCCCAUGUGAGAGACAGUUCUGCCGAGGGUGGAGAGGUUGUACUACGUGUUCCAUCAACUGCCGUUGUGCCAGCUCCGAGCCCUCGAAGGCAUAGGCAGCCAGAGAGAGAGGAACAACAACCACAUGAUGAUCGGUUACGAGGGACAUAUCUCUCGCUUUCUUUGGACACAGGUGAUGGUGGUGAUCCAGAUAUAUUUGUGUGAUUCUGUGAUACAUCACAGAUUUAUGUGAUCUUGUCGGUGCAGAUGUGCAUCAAACUUAAUCUGUGUGAAAUGGUUGUUAGAACAGAGAUCUCAACAUGGAACCACGGAAUCGGGAUGAUUAUUUUUGCCCAGGAGUGUGGCUGCAUUGCAAGACAUAUCACCGUCCUGUGAUUUCUCUGAGAUAAUAUCACCUCAUUGUGAUUUCUGCAAGCUACUUCAAAUCUAUUCUUACUUCUGUGAGUGACCAUUGUCAUAUUGUGAUUUAUAUGAUCUAUUUGUUGAUGGAACCACAUAUUUGGAUCGUUUAGAGAUUGUGAUCAAAACACAGCCAGUUUUCACAAACUGUUUUCUUUAAAGAAACACUGACACUGUGUGAUAGCUGGUUAUAUCAGAAACAAACAAACCCCAGAACUGUUGAAAAUUCAGCUCUGUAAGCUUUGAGUUUUACAUCUGAGAAAAGAUACAUGAGGCGUUUUAGUUGAGAGAGGAUAUGUUAUACGCUGGUACAUGGUACAGUGGUACAUAGCAUGGUACAGCUGCCAUCUUGCCCAUCUUCCUCUGAGCAACAGUUUCAGGGAUACGUAGAACACUGUAGUGUUGUGGAAUGUGUGAGAGUUGAACUUCAAUGCAAUUUAUACAUAUCUCAUGCAAAUAGACGAUUGACAAGUUGUCACGUGACUACACGAGAUUCACUCAAACUUGGAACAUUCCUCCUUGAGAGACUGCCACUUAGUAGACAGGGUGUUUGGGUGUGCCAUGUCUGUUUCUAGCAACAGAUACAACACACGUUUUCCUUUGUGGAUGUUUAAAAGAUUCAUGUAUAUACUUUACUGUAAGCAGAUUAAUGUUUUACAAGAUAUUUGUUAUUGUCCUCAUACAUGGAUAUAUUUACCCAAACACUUUCAUCUGCUGGUGAGAUCCCAAAUAGAGCCUGUCAGGGCGAUACAAGCUGGACAGAACUUCUAGCCGUGAGUAAUGUCGGGCUGGCACACACUGGCCCAGUUGUCAAGGGCUCUGAAAUUCAGUGUGCUUGAGCAGAAUUACUUCCCUUUGUCAUGCCAGAAUCCUGUGAUUGUUGAUUCACUCUAUGUUCUUGUUUUUUCAGUACUGUACGCAUGCUGUAGGGUUUCACCAAAGACCUAUCAUAGACUGGCGUCAUUCCAGGGUUUCUUCCACAUUAUACA